UUAUUCCAGGUGAGACUCAGCUCAAGUAUAUCACUGGGGCCAAAGGGUAUAGUUGCCGGACAAGGCCAGAACUUGAAAAUGCCAUGUUGGAAACCCCCAAAUAUUUACAAGAGGAGCAGAACAAUAUAAAUGUAAAAAGUCAGCUCAGACAUUCAACUUCUUUGGAAAGUGUGGAGAGUCUCAAAUCAGAUGAAGAGGCUGAAAACUCAAAAGAAGAACAACAGCAGACCUUUGAAGGCCAAGGUCAAAUGUGCACCUGGGAGGAUAACCUCAUCGACAAUCCUAGAGAAGGAUUGUCUACCUCGUGUUUGAACACAACUGAAAAUCAGAUCAGGGUUACUUGGGAAGAUCUUGGCAUUGGAAAUAAUGGAUACCUCAACAAACAAGAGCUGGAUGCUGUUUGUAAGAACAUUGGACUCAAAGAGAUGGAAAAAGAGGAACUUGAAGAAUUAUUUAACAAAUUGGAUAGUGAUGGAGAUGGCAGAGUAAGCUUAAAGGAAUUCCAGCAUGGCUUAUUCAGCCACAUCUGCAUUCCUUGUCCUUUUGCUUCCACGCCACUUAAAUUCAAAAGGCAAAGAUCACACUCUAAUCAGAGUCUAGAUUAUAAUGUGGAGGAGCGAGUGAACCUUCUAGAGCUUUCUAUGAUCCUUGAUGAUGAAUUAAUUGCUUCCAAAAAUGGACUUCAACAGGCAGCUGUUGCGUCUUAUAAGCAUGAACUUCAUUAUCUACAAGCACAAUUGGAACGGAUUUCCAUUGAGAGAAACAAAACAAGAACUGAGCUGGAAAAGGUUAAAAAGAUGAAUUGCCAGCUUUUUAAGGAAGUAGAUGAUAACCAUAGUAUUCUGGAGCAUCACAAUGAGAGUAAACUCAGAGCUCUUGAGCGAGAUUUCAAAGGGAAGCUACUGGCAAUAAAGUCUGAAGUCAAGAUGGAACAGGAAUUGCUCAUGCAACAAAUGCAUCAUCAGAGAACCAAGUUAGAAUCAGAUUUCAGGGAUCUUCAAGAGGAGGACUCUAGUCUAAGGAAAAAGCUGACGUUGAUGAUCAAGGAAAAUAGUCGCUUACAGAAUGAAGUUGCUGAAGUGGUCCAAAAACUGAGUGAAUCCGAAAAUCAGGUUUUGAAACUUCAAGGAGAUCUUAAUUUUAUUUUGAAAGACAAGCUGGGAUUCCUGGAUCCAUACAGUACGGAACUAUUUGAUCAAGAAGCACGCUUUGCUGAAAUCAUUCAGGAGUAUGAGCUGCAAUGUCGGGAACUGUAUGACAAGAAUGAUGAGCUACAAAUGGAGGUGGAAAAACUGAGAUCCCUGCUGCAUGCACACAAGUCUAACCUAGCACACUGCAAAAUGAAGACCAACAACACUGGAGAAAGGCCCUUCCCUGGAAAUGAAAAAGCUAGCAUUAUAGAUACCACUUUCAUAACAUCUGAUCCCAAUUCAGUAAGUAUAGAAACAGAACUUCUGUUGGAAGACUUAAAAGAACAGAAUCAAACUAUAAAAACACAGCUAGAAACUAAGGUCAAUUACUAUGAACGGGAAAUAGAACUAAUAAAAAAUAAUUCUGAGAAAGAAAGGAAGGCUAUUGAGCAAAGUUUCAAGAUCAAGAUUAGUGAAUUGGAAGAACAAAAGAAUGCCCUGGAAGAACUGAAUGUGAAAUGCCAGGAAGUGAUUGAUGGUUUGAAAAGUCAGGAUCAGAAGCUAGAUCCUAUCCAAGAAAUGAAGAGAUUUGAGGAGGAGAGGGCAGAAAUGGAGCAGUGCUAUGCUAAAGAAAUGUCCAACUUAGGUCAGAGGCUGGCCCAGGAAAGGAAAAUAUUGGAAGAUGACUUGAAGAUGAAACAUGAAAUGGAGAUACAUUUUAUGAGAUUGGAACUGCACAGGGUUUCAGAAGACAAUAUCCUCUUUAAAAAUAAACUUGGAAAAUGUCAGCGAGAAAUAGAGGGGAUGGGUGACACAAACCAAAAGCACAGAAAGCACAUUGAUGAAUUGAAAAUGGAAAAAGAGAAGAUGAUAUAUGAAAUAAAAGAAUUAAAUGACUUGAACAAAUGCUACAAAGAGGAAAUCUUACAGCUGAACACCAGGACUGCUCAACUAAGCCAUGAGUACAUUGAAUUAAGCAGCAAGAAUAAAGCCAGUCAGAAAACAAUCAAGAUACUGAAUCAGAGGUUUCUUGAAUUGGAGAGCCAAAAAGAACAAGAGGCUAUGGUAGCCAAGCAACUUCGGGAGGCCUCUGCUGAGAUGAAAAAGGAGCUUUUUCAGCAGCAGUUGACAUGGCAGGGCGAAAAGGACUUGCUGGAUAUAGAGCUGAAAUCGAUGAAGGAAAAGCUGUUAGAAGCUGACACCAGAUUAAGCCAAGCUGAGUCUCAGCACGCACAGGAGCUGCAACAAUUGAAGACCCAGAUGGACAAUACAGUACCUAAGGACCAUCUUGUUGAGCUUCAAACCAGAUUGGCAGAGGAACAGAAAACCGUCAGAAAGUUGCAAGGCGAUCUAAACUUACAAGCAGAACAAAUGAAAUGGCAACAGGCUAUUUAUCAAGAAGAAUAUGAAAAUGCACAUAGAUUAAUGGAGGAGAAGUUGGUGGAAGUAGAGAUGAAUUUGAAGAGUACACAAAUGUUGCUUGAGAAAAAAAUGUCCCAAAUUAAGGAACAAUUUGAAAAAAAUGCCAAGUCUAAUCUAUUGCUGAAGGACCUGUAUGUGAAGAAUGCACAUCUGAUGAAAAUGUUGCAAGUUACAGAGCAGAUGCAGAAGAACACGGAAAAUAGGAACUUAAUUCUGGAAGAAAAAAUUUCAUCCCUUAAUAAGCUAGUUGGAGAAAUCACAUUUGCAUCUCAAUGAAUUAUUCAUUUAAUUCAGCUAUCUUAAGUGGCGAUCAGUAGUAAAGAUAUUAAUAGGUCAAGUUUGUUCUACCUAUUUCUGACUGAAUACAAAAACUUUUAUUCUCACAAACAGAAUUCUAUAUGAGAUAGCCACCGCUUCAGAGUGGGGAAAAUACAAAUGCUAUCUAAAAUAGGAGAAUAAUAAGCAAAUAUAUUCUGAAGAUGGGGGAACACAGGGUCGACUCUACAGCAAUAAAACUCCAUUUUUUUUCCAAUGGAAAAGUUUAAUCAUUUAGUAUCUUCUGGAUAAAUUUCACAGAAACAGGAUGUUCUACACUGUUAUCAUUUGGGGACUGGACAUUUAUUGUUAUUUCAAUUUUUUGUCCUCCUUUCUGUCUAUACACUGGCUAAAGAGUGUGUGUGUGUGUGCGUGCACGUGUGCAUAAACAGAGUUUUAUGCAAGUGUAAAAUAUUACCCAUUGAAUUAUGUGUUAUAUUAUUUAAGCAGAACUGUAAACAAGAACCCAAUGAACUCCCCCCCUCCUUUUUUUUUUGCUUUAGGUAUCUGGCACAUUUUAAUUAA